GCGUAGCGCUGGGAGGCCGCAGCCGGGAGAGACGAUGGCCAAAUGGCUGAACAAGUACUUCAGCCUGGGCAAUAACACGAGCAAGAGUACUCCGCAGCCUCUGCGGCCCGACUACCGAGAGAAACGCAACGGUGCCGGCAGCGCGCCCCGCCCUGAUAGGCCGCCGCACCUCUACCUUCACCACCACACCUCGCCUGGCUUUCCGCACCGCCGCAUGUGCGACGACACCAGUGAGCUGCUCCGCGCCUACCGAGCCCAGAAAGACCGCGAUUUCGAGGACCCCUACACCGGGCCCGGCUCUUCCCUGCUCAAGUUGCGUGCCAUGUGCCGCCCAGACUGUUCUGCGUCUGAGGAUGUGGGCGAGGUGAGCCCCAAGGUUUUCUCCUCCUCGUCGUGCUGCGCCGCGCCCCCCGCCCCCCGUUCAGCCGGCUCCCUGCACCUGUUUCGCAGUUACAGCGAGCGCAGCCCGUCGACUCCACCUGACAUGAAGUACAUCUCUCCCAAGCACCGGCUUAUCAAGGUUGAGAGUGGUAAGGAUGGCAUAGGCGAGAAGCUGAACAAGGGGUCCAAGAAGCUGGCAACGUCUGUCCCCUCUGACAUGAAAGAUAAAGUAUUGAUAGCUGAUGACUACUCGGAUCCAUUUGAUGCCAAAAGUGAGUUGAACAGAAUGGGAAAAGGGGAAAACACUGGCUAUAUGGAACCAUAUGAAGCUCAGAGAAUAAUGACUGAGUUUCAGAAGCAGGAAGACGUGAAGACCCAUCAGAAAAACAUGCAGCUUUAUGACACACCUUAUGAACCAGAAGGCAGUGGUGUGCACUUCAAUUCUGCAAGUGUGAUGAGUCACCAUUUACAAGAAAGCAAGUUGCCACAGGAUGAUGACAGGCCUGCAGAUGAGUAUGAUCAACCCUGGGAGUGGAACAAAAUCACUAUCCCAGCUCUGGCAGCACAAUUUAAUGGAAGUGAGAAACGGCAAGCAUCUCCUUCUCCCUCAAAUGACCAGCGCAGGCAGUUAAGAGCACCUGGAGGAGGAUUUAAACCCGUCAAAUAUGGCAGUCCAGAGUUUUGUGAGAUCGUGGGAGAGAGAAUAGAUCCAACUAUUCAACUGGAAAAGCAGAUAUGGUACCAUGGAGCAAUUAGUCGAACAGAUGCAGAAAACCUAUUACGCCUAUGUAAAGAGUGUAGCUACCUUGUGCGAAACAGUCAAACAAGCAAGCAUGAUUAUUCUCUUUCAUUGAAGAGCAGCCAAGGUUUUAUGCACAUGAAACUGAUGAAAACCAAAGAGAAAUACAUUCUGGGUCAGAAUAGCCCUCCUUUCAGCAGUGUUCCUGAAGUCAUCCACUACUACACAACAAAAAAGCUGCCUAUCAAAGGUGCAGAGCACUUGUCACUGCUCUACCCUGUGGCUGUGCGGACCCUCUAAUAACCUAGUCUCACCCUUUCCUGUGGAUGGCAGGUGAGAGAUAAGCUGGGUUGCAUAAAAUUAAUUGCCAGAAUUCUGUGCUGGAGUCUGUGAUGGAGACUGGCAGACUUUAGUCUUGGAAACAUGGCAGCUCUGUGGGGAUGUGUAUUGGAUUGUGUGUGUACUACUGUUAUGCUGCAGCAUGCCUCUAGAACUGCGCUCUACAAAAGGGUAAGGAAUCUAAGUUUUGUGCAAAUAGAACAAAUAACCUUUCCAAACCUUCUCUGUGAAUGAAAGUACUUCCCAGUGAAAGUUCUUCCUUCAUGUUUUGAGAAGCAGCAGUGUGUUCUCAGCUGUAAACUUCUCCAUGUGAAAGAGCAACCUGACUCUGAGGUACUUUAGGGUGUUCUUGGUGGGCCUGAGAAAUAGCUGCUUAGUAGGCCAGUCCCUGUGACUCUGCUCACUGAGGCUGGUGAGGUUUGCUUUUUCUGAUGGAGUUUCUUGGGGUAGUAGAACGUUGAACUCCUAUUAGGUGCAAAAUAUUCAAAUAAUUUUGUGGGAGCAAAACAUAGCAAAUUAUUUAUGAAUAAUGAAUGUAAUUAAAUGUAGUUUGUAAUAUAUUUUUUAUCUCUUUUGGUAUAAUAAUCUCGUAAGGGUUACUGUCUUCAUUUGCAAGUUUCUUUCAUAGAUGCAGGUAACUAAUUGUGUCUGGACCACUUAAACUGUAAUGUUUUAAGUAGUUGAGAAUGGGUCAUUUUAAUAUGAGCUUAGUAUACAUGCAUGACAGUGGUCAAAGCCUUAUUUAAAGCUUUACUAGCAAAACCUUCACAUGCUCAUUCAUCAGUUUUCCUACUGAGGUAGCAGACUAAGAAGUGUGUGUACACUGCUUUUCCUUAACAUGGCUUUUGCAGCUCUAUAAAUGAGAACUAUGGUGUGUAGCAGAGCAGGAUUUGGUUUUCUGGUGUACCAAGGCAUCCUUAAAGCGUGGUCCCUUGAUACAUACCUUCUGGCCUGUGUACAUUUUCAUCACGAGCAGUAGCCUCCUGCUGUAUUACAGAUGCUGUCAUCCAGAAGAACUGCAGAAGAUGCUCUGUACCUUAAUCCUGCCCCUUGUUAUGCUUUACAUGCUUUGUUUGCUUGUUGAAUGGGAUAAGUGAAAAAAUAUAAUUGUACAGAAACUGGAAGUGGGGAAUCAAUAGCCUGAUAGCCCUCACUAUGUGCCAUCUUCCACCAAUGUCUAGAAUGUUGUGUAUUAACCCCUCAGCUCUUGUAGCAGCAAACUUGUUAUAUGCAGUUCGUGUAUUUUACAGACUGCAAGAGGACUGUGAAAUUGUGUGCUGUUUAAUUCAUCUUACCUAACUACAGUUCUCUUCUAUGUAUGCUCAGAAACAAGUGCGAAUCUGAAAAUAGUAAUGGAAUAACCACUUUCUGCCUGUAAACGUAGUGCUUCAUUAUGUUGUCUUAUCUGGUAAGAACCUCAAGAGUGUCCCUCAUAAUGUCUUUGGUGAUGAAUGUUCUGCUUCCUUUUAAGCUUCCUUUGUUCUUUAUAUGUUGUCCAGCACAGUUUGAACAGGAGUGGAUCACACAUAUAUGAGGAGCCCAGUGUCAUUCUGUCGUGCAACAGCAGUGGGUCAGACUGUUCUUGUCUCACCCAGAAUUUGAAGCUGCAUUGGAACAGGUUCUUAGUGGCAUUCUGAGAGAAAGGUGACACAAUGGAAUACAAAGACACCUCAUGCACCUUUUUCAUGCGCCUACUUAUGUGGUCUUUUUAUUUUCCUAAAGACUCUUCAUCAGAACUCCUUUUAUCACUCAGCUGGCAAGAACAUACAGGCACUUUUAAAUCAGCAUAUUCUCCUCUCACCAGAAUACGAGUUCUCUUGUUUUGAGACAGCCCACUUGCAUAAGCCCCACACACAAACAGUAGGGAAGAAAAGUAACACACACAAAAAAAGGGUAACAAAACCAACUUUGGCUGAGACAAGGUACCUUAGGCUGUUUUGCCUUCUGCAAAAGCAGAAGCAGCAGCAGAAGCCAGAGAUACAAUGAUUCCACCAUCCCCAAACCUGCAGCCAGGCCAGCAGAAAAGACCAACACCUCAAACUUGGAAACAGGAAGUGGCAACCAAAAACAGGAAGCCGCUCCUGUUACAAUUUGAACUUCAAGCCCUGUGAUAGGUUGCUCCAGCCAGCACUGUCAUUUGAAAGCUGGCAGGAUGUCAGCAUGGUAUUGAAUGCUCAUCCACAGAUUCAAUUGGCUAAACCUGUAACAGAGUUCACGAUGGUGGCAGAGCUCUCAGAGAGAUUGUAUUGGCUACUGUCUGAGUCUGGUUUUUUUGGGGGGAUACCUGACACCUCUGCCAUGCCCUUUGGGGCAGAAAUAUGUCAUAGUUCUUUUGCAUGUUGAAGUGCAUUUUUGAGACUGUCAUUGCUGCUUGUCCUAUGGCCUGCUUUUCUGUAAUGAAAAUGUAAGCCUCUUUAUCACUUUUUGAAGACUGGGGGUUGGGAUCCCUAGUUUCACGCUGAUCAAGUCAAUAUGCAUGAUAUGAAUGUGUAUACAAUUUAUUACAGCUUCAAGCAUCAGGCUCAGCAAGAGAAAAUGAUCUCAGAAAAUGUCAUUGUCUGUUUUGAAGGGGGGUUGAUUAUUUUUUUUUAAUGCUUUUAGAAACUACUCAGUAAUUGCAGAAUAAAUAAAACCAGGAUUUUUUGAACCAUAAUGCUGUCUUUGUUUUUUUAAGUGAUUGCAUGAUAUUUUGCAGUGAACGAAUAUUGUUCUUGGAAGUUUUGAUGUUCAGUGACAAAACAAUGUGUUGCAGUGUGUGGAAGAUUUCAUAGCACUCAAU